GGGCUGAAAGGGGAGGGGAGCUGACAUUAAAGCAACACAACAAGGAAACGACACCGCGCAGCCACAGACGCCUUCAUUUCUGGGGGUUUGUUUUUGAAUAAUAGCCGGAGCUGGUGUCGGGGAAGUGUCCGUUGCCAAAGCCGCCCCCCCCGCCCGGAGCUCCAGCCUCGACCGUCCGGGACGCGCAGGCGGCUCCGCGCUGGAUUUCAGCGUCGCUGCCAGAGAUAUGGGCUCGGAGCCCCCCAGCUCUCCUCAGGUGGUGGAGGAUGCAGGUGAGGAGGAUGAGGAGGAGCUGAGUGGAGGAGAGGAGGCGGAUCUGCGGUCCAGCUCCGGCCGGGGCUCCCUGCUGACCCGCAGGGGCAUCACCUUGAGAGUGCUGCUCAAGGACGGCCUGGUGGAGCCCGGGGACGGGGUGUUGGCCAUCCACUACCUGGGUAAGAACUUUAUAGGAGACUUGUUGAAUGACGGGAAAAUCCGAUGGGUGGAGACGGGGCAGAUCUUCAACUCCCCCAGUGCCUGGGCGACGCACUGCAAGCGCCUGGUCAACCCGGCCAAGAAGUCGGGCUGUGGUUGGGCGUCUGUGCGCUACCGGGGACAGAAGCUGGUCCAGUACAAAACCACCUGGCUGCACAAGUAUCAGCCCAGCGCAGACAUGAGCCUGGUGAGUGAGGAAGACGACGACGAGGAUGAGGAGGAAGGGAAGACAGCUGUGCAGGCAGAUGAGAAAAACAAGAACAACAAACCCGGAUUACACGAUGUAAUGAUUUCCCGGAGAGCAGACAGAGAGAGGAUUCCUGUCAGAUAUUGCACCCUGGGCACCAGGGAUGCUGCCAGAGAUCCACACACACUAGUGGAGUUAUCAGCCUUCUCAGCUAUCAACAGAUUCCAGCCUUUCAACGUCGCCGUCUCCAGUAAUGUGCUGCUUCUAAUGGACUUCCAUUGUCACUUGACCACCAGUGAAGUGGUGGGAUAUCUUGGAGGACGAUGGGAUACGAAUACACAGCUGCUGACAGUAUUGAGGGCCUUCCCCUGUCGGACCAGGCUGGGAGACAGAGACUCGGCUUCUGCUGUCGAGGAGGAGAUCUGUCAGAACCUGUUCAUGCGUGGCCUGUCGUUGGUGGGCUGGUACCACAGUCACCCGAGGGGUCCGGCCCUGCCGUCGCUGCAGGACAUCGACUCCCAGAUGGACCAUCAGCUUAGGCUGCAAGGCUCAAACAACGGCUUCCAGCCCUGUCUGGGCAUCAUCUGUGGUCCUUAUUACCACGGAAACCAAGGAGUUGCAUCAACCAUAACUCCGUUCUGGGUGGUGCCACCACCGGAGCAACGGCCUAAUGACUACGGCAUCCCCGUGGCUGUGGAGGUGACUUAUGUACAGGACAACUUCCUCACCAGUGAUGUUCUUAAUGAGAUGAUUCUGCUGGUCGACUACUACAGGACAGCUCCUGAUCUGGUCCAGUUCAACCAGUAUUGGUGCCCUGACACGACCAUUAUGGACAAGAUCAAGGGCUCUUUGAGUUGCCACGCCCCUAAAGACCAGGCCUACUCUCAGAUCUUGGAGCAUGUCUACAGUCAGCUGAGCAACAUACACUGAGUGCAUUAACAAUGAUCCAUUUCAAGCACCUUACCUGCAGUGCUGGUUUGACAGGUGCACAAUGUCAAAUCUGCUUGAAAAACAUAUAGAUGCAUCUCUAGUUUUCGAUUUAUACUUGCACGAGUUAAAUACUCUUCAGUGAUUACAGUAGGUGCCAAAUCUGCAACGGCAGCUGCUCUUGGAGGUUUUAUUUUAUUUAUCAACAGAGACAUACAGAUUAAGUGUAGCACUCAAAGAAAGUAGAAGAAAAACUUUUUUUUUUUUACUGGACACUAUACACUUAUGAGCCAUGAUAGACACCAGUGACAGGCAAAAGUGAGUAAUACUGCUCAAACUGAUAAAAUGACAUCUUCUGUACUUUAUAAUUCCCAUGGAUGUUUUUUUCACAUCUAUCCAAGCAAUUUUGCAGACCUUUCACACCUACACCUGAUAACAGCAUUACCAAACAGCUGCGGCCUCCUGCAGCGAGACAACAGUGGGCAGAGAGUCUGAUGCUUCCAAACGUCCCAGAUAUCGACCUGAUGGGAUUUGAUGACAACUUUUAGAAGCAAACCCAACCCACAGAGGUCCCACCAGACAACCCACAAACCAACAUCCUGGUUCCAGACACUCCAGGACACUUCAAAACGUUUGUGUCCAUACCUUCACUAUUUUAGAGCUGUUGUCGUGACAUGAGGAGGAUCCUAGUCUUCAGUGGGUAAUCCUGAUGUUAUGGCUGAUUUGUAUUCAGAGGCUUUUUAUAGGUUAGAGACCAGCUGAUCUAGAUGGCUUCCUACCAUUUGGACCUAUGUGCCUAUCUGGGACAGUAUAUGGCGGUCGUGUUAGAUACUGCCAGAUAUGGACACUGUUGAUGUUCCUUAACUGCCUUCACAUCACUGUGAGGAGGAGGAGGAGGAGGAGGAGGAGGGGCAAAUAGGGCAAAAUAUACUAUAACAUCAAUGUAUGCAAAGAUGUAUUUGACCUAAAAUGUACCCUACAAUGUUCGUUUGUUUUAUAAGUCAUAUUCAAAGGUUGUGGUGCAACUAAAUCCACUUGCCCAACGAAACAGGUGUGUGCCCGUGUGUGUACUGCACGCAGUGAUGUGAAUGUGCUCAUCUACUGUCAAGUCCCGUUGUUUAGGACAUAUCUGCUUCCUCUUGACCUGUACUGUAUUUAUUACUAAUUGUGUGAAUAUGUGUUGACAGAGCGAUGCCUUAAGCCUGCUGAUUGAUGAUCCACAAAGCAUUAAAAUAUUCACUGGAACUGUUAAAACAUGACUGUCAUUUGUUCACUUCAGUCUACAAAUAUACAUGUAAAUGCAUGAAUGAAAAAAAAACAACAAUCUUUUAUUUGCAGUUUUCUCCAGAGUUAGAUUAAUAAAAUGAAACACU